UUACCCUCAUCAUGUCACUUUCUCCCAUCUAAAACCUGGCAUCCCGCACUGAUCACCUUCUGCCCACUGAUGGCUCUACAGCUGCGAAGGGCUAAGCCCAGUGGGACAGGUGUGCGGCCGGAAGUCCCGCCCAGCGGAUGUGAGCCUGGCUGGCGCGCGGGCGUGGGAAACCCAGUCAGGCGUCGUGGUCUAGGCUGCCACAGGGACGAGCUGGUGUGGGCCUGACAGGGGCUCUGGGUUCCAGGGUGGAGAGGCCAAGGUCUCGGCUUCCCGCCUUCCGGUGGUCGGCUCCUGGGGCGGAGCUGUGGUGGCGGGCGUGGCCCGCUUCCCUGGCUCACCUGAGGAGGUGGAUUGAGCUGAGGGCAGGGGCUUCCCUGAGCUGGCGCCAGGCCCACGACCUGUGAGGGGGAAAAGGUCGUCCCCAUCUGCCCAGUCGGGCGGCUGUGUGCGUCCGGGCUGCUCCCCGGGAUCCCGGGGCGGGGAAAGCGGCGGCCCCCACGGGGGAUUCGGUUUGGGAGGAAGAGGACGGGAGCGCGUGCCCAGCAGCAGCUGACGCUGGGAACUGGGCGAUUGCUCCUGGGAGGUCCGCCGGAGCCGGGCUCGGGAGGCGUGCAUGGUGCCCCGCGGAGAGCAGUAGAGGAAAGUCGUGGGCCUGCCUGCCCUCCUCACAGGCGUUCCUUCUUCCAGCUCUUUAGGUGAGCCAGGCCUCCGGAGCCUGGAGCGAGAGCGAGGGAGCCAUAACCCACGGAAAGACGGUGGACCCGGAGGCUGGGAAUCCCGGGCGAGCCGUGAGGGUGUGCGCCCCAUAUCCUAUCCAUCCAGUACAGCAACUGGUUCCUGGGACCCUCUAUUCCCUGGGACCUGAAUGGCUUAUGUCACACUCGGAGCAGAAAAGUUGAUAGUGCACGUUACGUGCUUGCCUUUCUGCUCCCGUUAGAGGGUGCCUUCCACAGUGUAGGAUUCCAAGGCGGACGGACAACUUACAAGUGGAAGUGAAUGCUAGGAUUUUCAUCUCUGCCAGCCCCACCCAGGAAGAUAUUUUUGUCUCUCUUGGGGGAAGGGAGAUAUGUAGAAUUUUUCCCCCCACAAAGCUUUUGAUGUGACCAAUUUUAGAGUAGCGAAUUUCAGGGGCUGACCUAGUGUUUAAUGAUAGACUCUACCUUGAGUCCCAUACCCAGGAUGAAAGAGGUGUGCAGAACACUAAUCAACUAGUUUUCUUAUUUAUGUUCUCUAAUAGUCUUCCUAGUAACGUUUGCACCUGACCUUGUUGGUUUGGAGAGUAAAUUAAGUAAACCCUUUAAGGAUGGUGUGUCCUGUUAUGUAAAAACUUACCCCCGCCCCGUGAGAUCAGGGUAAAAAAAAUUUACAAUCUCAUUGUUAGUGAUGAUUUGUACCCACAAAACUACUGAAAACAUUUCGUAAUUGCUUGAGUGGGAACAUACUUUUGACUUGGGAAGUGAGCUAUUUUUAUAAUAUUAUAUAAAAUAUUUUUAUAUUUUUAAGUAUCAUUUUGUAAUUUUUUUUUUUUUUCUGAGACAGGGUUUUUCUGUGUAGCCCAGGCUGUCCUGGAACUCAUUCUGUAGACCAGGCUGGCCUUGAACUCAGAAAUCCUGCCUGCCUCUGCCUCCCAAGUGCUGGGACAUUUUAUAAUUAUUUAACCUUUUGAAAAUGACAUUUAUUUAUUUAUUUUAAUGACAUCUAUUUGUGUGUGUAUGUGAAUGUACAUGUAUGUGCAUGCAUGUACGGGUUAGCACAUGUGUGGUUAGAAGUUAACCAAUGAGAGUCUGUUUUUGCUUACAAUGUAGAUCCCAGGGAUUGUCCCUCUUGAGUUUGUGAGGGGUUUUGUUUGUUUGCUUGUUGGUUUUGAGAGAGUUUUUUUUUAGCUCCUGCUCCCCCCCCCCCCCCCCCGGCCCCUUGCCCUUUCUUUUCUGGAACUUUAAAUGUAGCUCAGAAUGGCUUCAAACUCAGGACUCUUCUUCCACUCCCUUUCCUGCCUGAAUAUUACAGACAUGCACCGUCAUGCCCAGAAUAUUUCAUUCCUUAAAUUUUUUUAAACAAGUGGACUGCUUCAUGAAUUUGUGUCUCAUUCCUAUGAAGGAGCUGUGCUAAUCUUCUCUGUAGCAUUCCUAUUUUAGUAUAUGUGCUGUUGAAACAAGCAUAUGGGCCAGAAUAUUUCUUAGAAGCUGAUCUAACUAAAAAUGCCCUAUCUUAUAGAUGAAAUAUAAGGGAAAAAGACAAGCAUGGAAAGUGAGAAGCCAAAGAAAACACAAGAAAUGAAGACUGACCUGAAGUUACUGUUGGAAUGUCUGAAGUAUCACAUGGGCAACCCUUUGUCACAAAAGGAAGUUUUGAUCACGAUUCAUUCAGUUUGUAAACAAAACAGUGAUGCAGGUAUUUAUUUCCGGGAAAUUGGUGGUUUGAUGUUUAUAAUAAACCUUGCAAAGUCAAGUGAGCAGAGCUUGGUAAAAGAAGCAGCCUUAUACACAUUAGGAUCUAUUGCAGAAGAAAAUGUUUACUGUCAGCAAUCUUUGUGUACUUCAGAAUUAUUUCAAGAUUUAACCGGGCUCUUAACUAAUGAUGAUUCAAACACAAAUUUGAAAAGAAUGUCUGUCUAUGUUCUUUUGGUUCUGGUUUCAAAUAAUAGAAAUGGACAAACUCUUGUGAGAGAAGUGGGUUGUAUUGAAGUUCUGUCACAGAUGUUCAGGACAGUUCUUUCCAAUUAUGAGUUGAAUUUGUCAGAUAAUAGUGUUUUCCAGAGCUAUCUGCUAUGGUCGUCUGUGUGCAGUACUCUGUGUGUAUGUGUCAACAAUCCUCAAAAUGAUGAGAAUCAAAUGCUUUGUUGUUCACUUUUUCCAUGUGUUAAUGAAUGGCUAAUGAACUGCAUGAGACCUGAGGUAAUUCGACCUAUAUGCUCAUUUAUUGGACUUACUCUUGCAAAUAAUACACACGCUCAGAACUGCUUUGUCUCUUCGGGUGGACUGGAUGUUUUGUGUCAAGUUCUUGUGCAGCUGGAGUCUGAUUCACACAAUACUCUUUCCAGUGCUAAGCUUGCAGUCAUAGUGACAAAGACCAUGGAUGCAUGUAUUACUGAUAACUCAGCUGCUUUUACAGUGGUAUUAUCCAAGUACCACAUUGUUUCUACACUUCUGGCAUUACUGCUUCAUGAAAGUCUUGAUUCAAGAGAAAAAUUUAGCAUCAUACUUGCCAUUGGUCACUGCACAGAGGAUUGUGAGAAAAAUCAGUAUGAACUUUUAAAAAACAAUGGGCUUCCAUUGAUGAUACAAGCCUUAACUGAGUUUAAGAAUGAAGACCUAAGCAAAGCUGCCACUUACGUGCUUCACAACUGCAAAAAAAUUACUGGGAAAUUAUCUCUAAGUCUAGGACAGAAUUCUUUUGGUGAAAAUGAAAUUGAACUAAAGGACAUAAGCGAAAAAGAGACUCUUAGAGAGCACUGGAAGGCAGCAAAGGAAAUUCUAUGCAGAAUAAAACAAUUUGAAAAAGGAGGGAAAGAGGAGAAGCAACAAAACAGGAGUGGACACUAUAAGGAUAAUACCCCAUCUAUGAAAGUAAACAUACAGACCAAUUUGAAACGUCUCUGUGCAGAUAGUACUGGAGGUACCAGAGCAGAAGAUAAGGAUAUAAACCAGUCUAGAGAGCUUCGCAGCUAUAAGCCCAGUGAAAUCAUGUCUAAAGCUUGUGCAAAUGAAAACCAACUGACGACUCGGAAGAAGAACACAAAUCCAGUUCAUCCUUUCUGUAAGGAGAAAGGGCAGAGUAAGAUUGUACAUGAAACCACUCCAAGCUGUGCUCAAAACUUAGACAAGGAAAAAACCUUUGACCAAAAGGAUUCUGUUUCUCAAUCGAGUGACCAGGUCCUUAAACAUCUGCCUCAUACUGUCAAAAAUAGAAAGCAGGUACCAGAAACAGAUCCAUUUACAUUGUGUUUAGACAUAAUAGAUAGAGAAGUUGGUAUUCAAGCAACUGACAGCUGUUCCAGAAUGUUAAAAUAUACGUGCUCAGGUUGCAUAGUAGCAAGAAAACUCCUCAACAGCCGAAAUUUUAGCAAGUUUUUGCACUCAUGUGCAUACCAGUGUGUUCACCAUAAAGUCAUUAUGGAAGCUGAAGACAAAUAUAAAAAUGAACUAAGGAAAACAUUUAUCUGUGCAAAAAAAAUUUUGCUGACUCCCUGUAGAAGAAGACAACUUUGUAAAGAAUCUACUGCCUCUGAAGAACUAAAAAUUGUUCAUCAAAAACCAGAUAGUAAAAAACUUCCAGGUUUGGAGGCACAGGCCUUAAAUACCAGCAUUCCAGAGGCUAUGGAAAGAAGAUCACCAGUUCCAGGCCAGAGUGGACUACAUAAAAAAAGAAGAAUUCGUAAAGACUUUACCAAAGAAGAAGUAAAUUAUCUUUUCCAUGGAGUUAAAACAAUGGGAAAUCAUUGGAAUUCAAUUUUGUGGUCUUUCCCCUUUCAGAAAGGACGAAGGGCUGUAGACCUUGCUCACAAAUACCACAGGCUGAUCAAAGGCCCCAGCUGUGCAGCCCUGUGACUGGAGGAGAUUCGGUCCUUUGUUUGGACUCUUAAAAUAGAAUUUCUUAGGAGAUAAAAUAUGUUAAAAUUUCUCCUUAACUCUUGUGAGACGGGGAAUGAUGAAACAGAAAUAGUUUAAGUUAAAUGAUUUUUGUGAUAUAAACUCUUCAAAAUGAUACAAUAAUUUAUAAAGCAAGUGCAUUUUCAGUGUGGAAAUUAGAAUCCCUCCGUGAGGUCAAAUGUAAUGUGCCUUUACUUUUCCUUAUGGUCAAAGACCAGCCUUUAAACAUCACUUAGCAUUGUAUUGCCACAAAUACUGUGUGAGACGCUGCAUUUCAGUAUUUUUGUCUAGUGCCAAAGUCCACCUUAGUACUGAUAAGUUUCUCAAGCUGUUCAGCUAAGGCUCACACCCAACAAAUAAACAGAUGGCAUUUUGUUAAUUGA